AUGUCCAUGGGAGGGUUUUGGAAUACUAAGAAGGUUAACUACAGUGAAGAAACUAAAAAGGUUUUGAAUGACCUUGUAAAGGAGUCAAAGAUUGCGAAUUUUUAUCGUCGGUCAAUAAGUGACUCAAUUAAAAAUGGGGAAAGUCUGAGCAUAAAUUUUGAAAUUAAAUCCAAAAUUGGGAGAACUUUACUUUCGGAACACAAAAAGAAACCGAUUAAGAGGAUUAAAAGACCACAAAGAAGAACGAAAUCCCUGAUAGAGCUUAGUGGUGCAUACGACCCAGUUCCAUAUAACCCGUCUCCAAUUACAAUAAAUACAGGAGCCGCUGAAAAACUACGUUUAGCACAUUUAAUGACAUAUGGUGAAGAGCCUACAUGGAAGUCAUUACAAAAUGAUGAAAUCAAAGAUGGAAGAUUAGAAUAUUUAGGUCGUCGUAUACUGAAAUAUCCCAAAAUCGAUGGUGAUAAUGAUUAUAAUGAUAAACAAAUUAAAACCAAUAAGGAUAGAUUUGAAGAAUUAAUAGAUGAAGUUAAUGAAAGAAGUGAAUUUUUAACACAAAUGAGAAAACUUGGACGACUCAAAGAAUAUCAAACAACUGUUGAAACAGAAAUAUCUCAAUUAAUACGUGAAAUGGAACAAAUCGAUUUGAAACGAAUCAAACAAAUGAAUCAAAAUGAUUUGAACAAUUAA